GGGUAAAUUUGAAAUGCAACCACUUCCAAUGCUAAACUGCUAGCAAUACACUCAACUGAAGACAGUCAGAUGGAGCGUUAAAGGUGGAUACAUAAUUGACCUUUUUUAAAAAUCGUCCAGAAAAAUAUUAAAAACAGUUGACGAGGACUCGAGAGUUAUAACAUGGAACCCGCUGUAAUGAACCUUCAUAGCUUGUUUGAGAAUCUUCGAGCCCACGUCGACGUCCUCAAUGAAAGUAUUGAGCCUCAGUUCAUUCAGAUGGCACUGAAUUUUGAGGACUGUCGUCAUAAAUGGCUGAGAGUGGAGCAGGAGUUGGCCUCUUGUAAGGAGGUGCUUGCCAAAGCAGAGACUGAGAGGGGUGCACUGGAGGUCAAGCUUAAACAUGCUCGCAACCAAGUGGACGUAGAAAUCCGCAGACGACAAAAAGCUGAAUCAGACUGUGAAAAAUUGGAUCGUCAGAUCCAACUCAUUCGAGAUCUGUUGGUCACAGAGGGUUCCAGUACCAGUAUCCAGUUAAAUGAUGAACAGCGGUCAGCUCUGGCUUUCCUCAACGCACGCUCACAAGCACCUGUCAACCUUAACAGCAGCCGAAGACUGGCCACUAUUGACGAAUCAGCCUCGAUUUUGUCGGAUAUUAGCUAUGAUAAAACUGAUGAUUCAUUGGACUGGGACUCCUCUGUUGUCAAAACUGUUCGACUGAAGAAACGUCAGAAGAGACGCUCCUCCAGAAACCAUACUGAUGGGCCUCCUGCUGCUGCCAAGAGGUCCCGGUCCACAGGCCGCACCUCUGAGAAAGGAAAUGAGUCUCUAGUGGCCAAGACCACAGUGACUGUGCCUAACAAUGGAGGUCCCAUAGAGGCUGUCACCACUCUUGAAGCUGUGCCUUACUGGACCAGAAGCAGGAGAAAGACUGCUGCCAUGGUUUGGGACACAGCAGACACGGAUUCUGUGCAGUCUGUAGAAAUAUUAAAACGGACUGAGAUCAAAGCAGAGCCCAGCACACCGCAGAGCGGUGGGGGUGUUCGUCUACAUGAGUUUGUUUCCAAAACGGUGAUAAAGCCCGAGUCCUGUGUUCCUUGUGGGAAGAGGAUCAAGUUUGGAAAAAUUUCUCUUAAGUGCAGGGACUGUCGCGUGGUCACCCAUCCUGAGUGUCGAGAGCGCUGUCCCCUGCCCUGCAUCCCUAACGUAUCUGGGACUCCAGUAAAAAUUGGAGAGGGCACUCUUGCAGACUAUGUCUCAGUCACCUCCCCCAUGAUUCCACCACUGGUGGUCCACUGUGUGAAUGAAAUUGAGCAGAGAGGCCUACACGAGACUGGUCUGUACCGUCUGUCUGGUGCUGACCGAGUGGUGAAGGAGCUGAAGGAGAAGUUUCUGCGUGGAAAGUCUGUUCCUCUGCUAAGUAAGGUGGAGGACAUCCAUGCUAUUACCGGCCUCCUCAAGGACUUCCUGAGAAACCUCAAAGAGCCACUGCUCACCUUCGGCCUCAACAGUAAUUUUAUGGAGGCAGCAGAGUUAGCUGAUGAAGACAAUUCCACUGCACUGAUGUACCAAACUAUCAGUGACUUGCCUCAGCCAAACAGGGACACUUUGGCCUUCCUGAUCAUCCACCUGCAGAGAGUUGCCCAAAGCCCUGAUACUAAGAUGGAUGUGACUAAUCUGGCUCGUGUGUUUGGACCCACUAUUGUGGGUCAUGGAGUACCUGAUCCAGACCCAAUGACCAUUCUGCAGGACACAAAACGACAACCUAGGGUUGUUGAACGCUUGCUGAGCUUGCCUUUAGAGUACUGGAGCCAGUUCAUGAUGGUGGAGCAGGACCACCAUCAAGCUCAUGUUGAACACAUGAUUAUUGAGAACACUAAUGUUUAUUCUACUCCAGACCAAAAAGUGAGUAUGUUUGGCCCCCUCACCACUCCAGAGCAGCAGAUGAGCAAGACUUCAUCUUCUAGUUCUCUAUCUCAGCGUAUGAGGAAUGCUACACUAGGUGUCAUCACUCCUAAGUUUGGUAGCAAAAGCAAAUCUGCCGUCAGCUUCAGUCGCCAGGGGAACUUCUUUGCCUCUCCUCUGCUAAAGUAGCCAGCAAAAGGCCGAGGGCAUCUAGAGCUGCCCCUGACAAAUUUUUCAGGAUGUAGCUGCUUUACUCUGCACAAUUAAUCUAUAUCUACAAUUGGUGUCUAGAAAUACAAAUGUUUUAAUCAUAUUUGCUUUUAUAUUUUCAUGCAUUUUUAUAAGUUUCAACUGAUCACACAUUCAACCAAAAGGAUAGCCAAAAAUAUGCACUUCCAUUGUCAGGUCAGAGCAAGAGUGUGUGGGGGUGGGGGAGUUCUUUAUCAAUAAGCCCAAAAUUGAUAGCGUCAUAUUUGUACAUACUAUAAUGAGGUUUUCCCAGACUCAUUUAAAUAUGUUGUAUUUUACAUUCCUAUGCGAACAUCUGCUCCAUUUUGUGUGUAUUUACUUUUUUUUUUUUUUUUUGUGCAUGAGAUAAUGCCUGACAAAAUGAGACCAUGCAAAGUGGUGUUUCCUCCAGCCAGCAUGCUAUUUUCUGUGUCAUUCCAUGGCUAUUUACUUGUGUUUAAAAAAUGUAUGUUGUAUGUUAUGCUGACUCAUUAUUGGAUUGUAUGAAAAUAGCAAACUAAUUGUCUAUUUCACUGACUUUCUUUCUCUCCAACCCCACAGAGUACCAUUAUCUUUCUGUUAUGGCUAUGUGUGAGAGAGCUUUAUCUUGCUCUCUUCCUGUCUCUUUUAAUUAAUCCAUUUCAUCCACAGUAGCCUAUAAAUAUUUCCUUUACACAUUCAA